AGUGCUUCACUUCUAAUAGUCCAAACUAUCAACAAUUAAGGUAUACACACCUAGCUAUCACAUAAUCGAUCUUCUUAAUUAGUGUAUCAGGAAUCCAUGGCCAAAAACUUUGGUUUCCUUGUCUGUAUACUUGUCAUGGUGUUGGAUAUUGUUGCUGGCAUACUUGGAAUUCAGGCAGAAAUAGUUCAAAACAAGGAGAAGCAAAUGAAGGUGUGGGGAUUUGAGUGUAGGCACCCUAGCUAUCAAGCUUUCAAGCUAGGAGUUGCUGCUCUCAUUCUCUUGGCUCUGGCUCACACAAUUGCUAGCUUGCUUGGUGGCUGCAUUUGUGUUAGAUCCAGAGAACAAUACCAAUCAGCUACAGCCAACAGACAACUAGCAGUAGCUUUUCUCAUAUUCUCAUGGAUUGUAUUAGCAGUUGCAUUCUCUAUGCUGAUCAUAGGCACAUUGGCCAACUCAAGAUCAAGAAAACCUUGCGUGUUGUAUAACCACCACUUCCUAUCAAUUGGUGGCAUCCUGUGUUUCAUCCAUGGACUCUUCACUGUUCCUUACUACGUUUCUGCCACAGCCACCAGAAGGGAAGAAAAGAGGCAACCAGGAAACCCCGGGCCCGCCAUAAGACACACUUGAUAAUCAUCAUUUAAUUAUCAUAACCAAAAGAUUAUACUAUAUAAUACCUCCAUUUCAACAAAAAUAUUCAAAUUGAUAGAUGUGAUGUUUUGUUUAUUCUUUUUCACUAUAUAGAAUAUUUAUUUGAUUGAA